CAACAAACGUUUUAUUAUAAUUUUCAAAACGCUGAGUAGAAUCAACCGUCGUAAAAAGUAAAACCUUUAACCCAAACCGAGCUAUCAAAACUCAAAAGUUUGUUCCUGCCUUAAACCCUAUCAGUGCCCUCUCAAACCACCAAGCAAUUCCUGCAUCAGUUGAAGUAGAAAUUGAUGCACGUUUUGAUUUUUCAUUCGAUUGUGUGAACUCCUCUUUGCGCAAUAUCGGAAAAUGGUUGGUCCGUGGUCCGCCGACCCAACUGCCUCCAGGAGCAAGAAGGCACUGCUCCGCCUGGCGUCUAUUGAGCCAAUCGAUCUUUGUCGUGAGGCGAAAGUCGAGAGGUGUCGAGCGACUAGGGAUUUGAGGAGCUGCGGGAGGUGUGUUCAGAGGGUUUUGGCAUUCUGUGGACAUGCUGCCUUGUGCGAUGAGUGUAGUCAGAGGUGUGAUGUUUGCCCCAUAUGUCGAAUUUGCUUGUCCGAGGGCGUUGAUAAUCUCCCGUUUCGUCUUUACUACGAGUGUGUUGAGGCCGGCCUUAUUUCCUGGAAUCGUGAUGACCGAUUGAGGGAUGGAGAAGAAGGAGAUGGAGAGAAUGUUGAACGGCUUCACUCUCUGUUUGAUGUUGCUUUGGAGAACAACCUGGUGUCCCUAAUCUGCCAGUAUUGUGCGCAUGUGUGUAUGGAUGAAACUUUUGUAUCAAGUGAUCCAGUUACUGCUUUUUUGCUGGAUGAGAAGGUUGUCGAGGAUUGGUGCAGGCGGACGUUCGGAAAUAUUUUGACAGAAAUCGGGAAGACAUAUAAUCUUAGUGUAGCUGAGAUGAAAUCAAGAUUAACAUUGCUUCAGAAAAUGUCUUCGAAUUUGUCAGCCAUGGGCAAUGUUAUUGAAGUGUUGGAAUCUUCAGUCGGAGCCUCUGCUUCAACUGUGCUGCAGGGCCUGAAUCAUCUUCAGGAGAGCAUAUCAAGGACAAAACAACACUUGCAGAUCAUGAUGUGGUGCAUCAAACAUCAAUUUCUGGAUAGUGUGAGGUCUAGGCAUUCUGAUUUUGAGUCAUGGCGUUCAUCUGUCCGUGAGAGGAAAUCUGAAGCAAUUAAGAGAGCAUGGCCUGAUACAGAGAAUCCUAUUCUGGAGUCAAGUGAGCAGAGUACAUCUAGUCUCUUCAUUGAAGAUGCACUAUCAAAUCUUGAUACAGACCAAGAAUAUGCUGAUAAUGAUAAAGGGGAACUAUCGAUUGAAUCACUGGUGAAAUCUGGGGUCAACUCUUUUUCUCUUUCAAAGUUACAUGGAAUGGCAGCUUGCUAUCCUUUCGAAAAUUUGCGAGCUGCUGUUGACUUGCUUUUCUUACGAGGGAACUCUGAUUUGGUGGUUUCCAAGCAAGCUAUUUUUCUGUAUUAUCUUUUUGAUCGGCACUGGACAAUACCGAUUGAUGAGUGGAGACCUAUUGUUGAUGACUUUGCUGUCACAUUUAAUAUAACAAGGCACUCUUUGCUGGAAUCUUUUGUCUUCUAUCUUUUGGAUGACCACACUGAUGAAGCUCUGAAGGAAGCUUCGCACCUUCUUCCUGAAAUUGCUUCCCCAAAUACCCAUCCUAAGGUCGCACAAGCACUCUUAGAGAGGCAGAAUCCCGAUGCAGCUCUUAUGGUUUUGAGGUGUUCAGGAAAAGAUGGGGGAGCAACAUUAGUUUCACCUAGGGAAGCUGUUACAGCUGUCCGGGUUAGAGUGGAGUGCGGACUUCUGACUGAAGCAUUUAUGUACCAGAGAAUGAUAUGCACAAAGAUCAAGGAUAAGAAACUUCUGGGUACUUAUGACGAUUUGACCUGCAAUUGGCUGCUCUGGGUUGAGGUCUUGGUUACUGAUUUUGUUUGCCUUUGUAUCCGGAGGAACUUAGUUGAUCGGAUGAUAGAGCUGCCUUGGAAUUCUGAUGAGGAAAAACAUCUUCAUAAGUGUUUGUUUGAAUUCGGGAUGGAUGAUCCUUCGUCAGCUGUUGGAAGUCUUCUUGUGGUUUACUAUCUACAGCGCUAUCGCUACAAUGAAGCUUACCAAGUGGAUUGUAAGCUUCAGGCAGUGGAGGAAGAUUUCAUGUUAAAGAAUAGGAAUGAUGAAAUAUCUAUUAAAGUGAGAUCGAUGAGUCAAUGGAGGAAGGGAUUAGUUAGCCAAAGUGUGGAUUUAUUGCCUGAAAUCCUCCAACAAAAACUGAAGGCUGGAAACUUGCCAGAAAUCGGCAUUCUUCGUGAUUCUGAGAUUUCUGAAGUGCAAUCUAAUCUUCCGAAAGUACAAGAACCCGUCUUUGGAAGUUUGCUGUUUAAUGCUCCAAACCUGCAAUUGCAAAGUAAUGGCUUCUUACAUCCCCCUUCUUAAUCAGAAGUGUUUAACUCUCUCUUUGUUUAUCAGGAACUAAGUUAACGAAAAAUCUCUGUUUUGUAUUUUGCUUCGUGCACAUUCCUUGUCGAUGGACUCAACCUAUAACUGAAUCCAUUUUUCUUGGGUUGUACUUUCUGUACUUAGUUUAAAGGAAAUGAAGUCUUCAUUCAAUACUUAAGCUCUGUGGUUUUGCUGUUUGUAGUUACAUCCGAAGAGAAAUUUGGACGCUUUCUAACUAGGUUAUUAUGGACAGCUAAUUUAGAGUGCUAUUAGAAAUUGAUUUCAAGGAUUUCUAAGAUAUAUUGGUUGAG